CAUGCAGCAGAGCGAGGCCUGGGCACUUGAAGGUAAGCUUUCGGCCCUGUCGGUCAAUGUAUGGCCCGGGGGAGGGUUGAUCUGCUGGGACAAUUUAUAUCGCCUGGACCGCGCUGUGGGUAAGACGUUGAGCGAGAGUUUGGUACUGGACGAGAUUGUUGGUCUUUUACUCCGUCUGUUGUUGGGAUCUGACCUCUUCUCUCUCUAUUUCUCCUCCCUCAUCAGGCCGCGCAGACUGCUGCACAUUUGCGGGUAAAGACAACAUCACCCCAUCCAGCAACCAUGGGCGACUCUCACUCCACCAAAGACGAAAGGGGUCUCGGUGUCGCACGCAUCGAGGACGUCCAGAAGCAACAUGGCGAGAAGGAAACGAGCGACGUCGCUGAGGUCGAGCGCGUCCUUUCCGGCACCGAUGCGGAUCUGAAGAAAGAACACCUCAACUACGAUCGCAUUGACAAGGAACUGGCGCAAUACGCAAAUGCGGAGCGCAUCGAAAUCAGUCCCGAAGAGAACCGCCGUCUCAAGCUCGCCAUCGACAAGCGUGUUCUACCAAUCAUGGUGUUUACGUACUUUUUGCAAGCGUUGGACAAAGGCACCAUGAGCUUCACGAGUAUAAUGCACCUUAGGGAGGACCUGAAUUUGCUGGAUGGACAAAAGUACUCCUGGCUCACGACAUGUAUCUACAUCGCCGUGCUCGUCGUCGAAUACCCAACCAACUGGAUCAUCCAACGCGUCCCCAUAGCCAAGUACUUAAGUGCCAACAUUAUACUCUGGGGUGCCGUGCUUGCACUUCACGCUGCCUGUACAAACUUUGCCAGCUUGCUUGCCGUCCGCACGUUACUGGGUAUCUUCGAAUGUGUUUGCCAGCCUGCGUUCCUCGUCAUGAGCAGCAUGUGGUACAAGCGUGAAGAGCAGGCACAGAUUGUAACGUACUGGUACAUGAUGAACGGCGGCCAACAAAUCGUCGGUGGACUGCUAGCCUACUGCUUCUCGCUGAUCAAGACCGGUCCCAUAAAGUCCUGGCAAGCCAUCUUCAUCACAUACGGUGCCUUCAGCGCCCUAUGGGGUCUAUUCGUUCUAUACUGGCUGCCCGACAGCCCCAUGCGCGCCAAGUGCUACAGCGAGACCGACAAGCGGCUGAUGGUCGAGCGGGUCCGCUCCAACCAAACCGGCCUGCAGAACAAAGUGUUCCGUCCGGCGCAGGUGCGCGAGGCCUUCCUCGACCCGCAGCUGUACUGCUACGGCCUCAUCGCCAUCUGCACGACGCUGCCGACCAGCGGUCUCGGCGCCUUCGCCAACAUCAUCAUCACUGGCUUCAACUUCUCGGUGCUGGAGACGCAGUUGCUGUCGAUGGUUCUCGGCGCGUUCAUCGUUAUCGUUCUACUGAGUUCGACGUGGCUCGUCAAGAAAUACCACCAGAACUGCCUCACGAUGGGGCUUUUCGUCGUUCCUUCCUUCGUCGGCACCAUCGUCCUCAUGUCCGUCGAAAACGAAGGCAAAGCCACCCAGGCCGGCCUGCUCAUCAGCUACUACAUCGUGCUCUCGUUCUGGGCUGCGCAGACGCUGGCUAUGAGCAUGAUCAGCCGCAACAUCGCCGGGCAGACGAAGAAGACGGUCAUCGUGGCCGCAAACUUUGUGUGCUGGUCCGCCGGCAACGCCAUUGGCCCCCAAGUCUUCCUCACCUGGGACGCCCCCCGCUACUUCAUCGCCUUCGCCACCCACAUGGGCUGCUACGUGCUGCUGGUCAUCGUCAUCAUCUUCCUGCGCUGGCACCUGCGCCGCCAGAACGCGAAGAAGGACGCCCUCGUCGCGGCGGGCGUGCACGAGGCCAACGACGACAGCCUCGUCCAUGCUUUUGACGACUUGACUGACCGCGAGAACCCCAACUUUAGGUAUAUUUACUAGCGGGGUUGCGCGUGUUUUUUUUUGGGGGCCUUUGAUU